CCGGGGCGCGGCGGCAAGCGGCGAGCCAUGCGCGGCCACACGGACCUCGCCUGCCUUGCGCCCUCGACGGGGCUCCCAGGCGACGCCGAAGCGGCAGCGAUGUUGGACGCCUCCGAGUCGGCGGGCCACUCCCGGCAGCUGCUGCUGCAGCUCAACGUGCAGCGCACCAAGGGCUUCCUGUGCGACGUGAUCCUGGUGGUGCAGAACGCGCUUUUCCGGGCGCACAAGAAUGUGCUGGCGGCCAGCAGCGCCUACCUCAAGGCCCUGGUGGUGCACGACAACCUCAUCAACCUGGACCAGGAGAUGGUCAGCCCCGCCGUCUUCCGCGCCGUGCUCGACUUCAUCUACACCGGCCGGCUGGGCGAGGCCGAGGCCGAGGGCGAGCCCAGCCUGGGCGCCGUCCUGGCCGCCGCCAGCUACCUGCAGAUCCCGGACUUGGUGGCCCUCUGCAAGAAGAAGCUGAAGCGCUCCGGGAGGUACGGCCAGUUCCGCGGGGGCUACUCCCACCUGGGCAAGCUGCCGCGCGGCCUGCGGGCCGCCACGCCGGUGAUCCAGAGCUGCUACUCCGCGCCGCCGCGGCCCGUCGAGCCGGGCAACCCGCUGAGCACCCACUGCGGCGAGCUGUACGCCGCCGCCUCGCAGGGCGCAGCGCUGCACCCGCACGGCUUGUGCCCGCCCGAGCGCCUCUGCUCGCCGCUCUGCGGCCUCGACCUGUCCAAGAAGAGCCCCAACGGGCCCUCCCUGCCGCUGCCCCCGCCCGCGCCUUCCGAGGGCCGCCUGAGGGCCGCCGGCGGCGAGAAUCGCGAGAACUCGCUGCCCCCUCGGCCCGACAGCCCGGCAGUCAGCGGCGCGUUGCUGCCGGCCCACCCGGCUUUCGGAGAGCCUCCCCCCUUCCGCAGCAGCCCGGGGCCCGGGCCGGAGCCGUCGGGGCGAGGCGAAGCGGGGCCCGAGUUCCUUUACCGCUGGAUGAAGCACGAGCCCUUGGUGGGGGGUUACGUGGAGGACGAGGAGGACGAGGAGGAGGAGGGGGACUGCCGGGGCAGGCGGGACAAGGGCGGCGGGGCCGAGGGGGAGAUGGACCACAAGACAGAGUCGCCCUCGCAGCGCCGCUACCCCAGCCUGGACAGCGCCGAGCCCGACGGCGAGGUGGAGGACCUGGAGAACGACAAGAGCACCAGCGAGGAGACCGGCUGCAGCAGCGGGGGUCCUUCUCCGGCGGCGGGCAGCUUGGAGCGCUACCUGGGCUACGAGCCGGAGAGCUUCGGCGGAGACAACCUGUACGUCUGCAUCCCCUGCGGGAAAGGCUUCCCUUCCUCGGAGCAGCUGAACGCGCACGUCGAGGCGCACAACGAGGAGGACGAGCUGUACCGCAAGGAGGCGGCCGAGGCGGCGGCGGCGGCCGGGCAGGGCCCACCCUUCCUGGACAAGCCCCUGGCCGCGCCGCUGCCGUCGGGGGGCCCGGGCGGCUGCGACCUGCUGCGCCCCUACCGCUGCUCCUCCUGCGACAAGGCCUACAAGGAUCCGGCCACGCUGCGGCAGCACGAGAAGACCCACUGGCUGACGCGACCCUACCCCUGCUCCAUCUGCGGCAAGAAGUUCACCCAGCGCGGCACCAUGACGCGCCACAUGCGCAGCCACCUGGGCCUGAAGCCCUUCGCCUGCGACGCCUGCGGCAUGCGCUUCACCCGCCAGUACCGCCUGACCGAGCACAUGCGCAUCCACUCGGGCGAGAAGCCCUACGAGUGCCAGGUGUGCGGCGGCAAGUUCGCCCAGCAGCGCAACCUGCUCAGCCACAUGAAGAUGCACGCCGCGGCGGCAGCGGCCGCCGCCGCCUCGACGGGCCCCGACGGCAAGCUCAAGCUGGACUUCCCCGACGGCGUCCUGGCCAUGGCGCGCCUGGCCCAGCAGCAGCACCCGGACAAGGACCUGCUCUCGCACACCUCCCACUUCCUGGCCGCCGCCGCCGACCCCAAGGUCGCCAUGGAGAGCCUCUACCUCGGGCUCAGCCCCGACAAGGCGGCCGAGGUGCUGGCCCAGGGAGCCGCCGCCGCUGCCGCCGCCGCCGCCGCCCACCUGCACAACGACCACCACGCCCGGACCAUAGAGCGCUUUUCUCCCCCCUGACCAGCGGCCUGUCAGGGACUGUCGGCUGUGUUUACUUGCGCCAAAGGAGUCCUGGCCUGCCGCGCCUGGGGAGAGUCCUCCAGUCCGCCCCUUCUUUUCUGCCACUUUGGACCUGCGACCCCAAGUGCAGAGAACCGUGAAUUUGACCCUACCUCACAUACGUCCCCAUGAAAAGACUCCCUCCUGCAUUUCUUGGGGUCGAUUAAAAGGGGGGCGAGGGGGACCCCUACCUCUGGCCUGGAGGAGCCCACCGCCAGCUGGAAGAACUGCCGGCUGCACCGUUCGGGGGUGGGGACUAUCCGUCCUGUUUUGAAUUUUCGCUGCCUUGCAUGUCCAAAACCAGAGCGGUGGGGAGAGGCCUGUCUUGGAUCCGCUAGUUUACUACGUGCAGGAUUUUAUUUUAUUUUUGUAAAUGUUGGGGGGAGGGUUGCAUAAAUGAUUUUCCUUACCUGCAAACUGACCGGGCCCAGCUCAGAACCACCCCCCUUGCUGCGUAAUGUAAUGAUAGACUCUGCUCCUCUAAGAAGCAGGAAAAACUUUUCCAGAUUAUUGACAGGGCCCUGAUUCCAACUCCGAUCUUGCUGGAGGAGCCUCCCCCACUUAAGAUUAGGGGACUUAUCCCUUAUGGGGGAAGCAGGGUCUGCUACCCCCAUUUGCAAACAGACAAUCUAGGACUUACCCACUCCUGGUUGCAGCUAAGAGGGGGGAGGUCGACCCUCUGGCACAGGAAGGCCUGCCUGGCCCCUCUUCGGGGCUGGCUCUUGGACUUGUGACAAGCAGAGGCAGCUUUUCUUGGGGUGUACCUGAAGACCUGCAAUGGAAAACGGUGCCCCCUUAGGCUUGGGCCGCUCUGCCUGCCUGCCCUGACAACUAGGGAGACACUUGCCCUUCUGCCAGGCCUGGCAACUGCAGGCCAUGGCUAGGCAGUGCCCUUUGGGGGCCCUCCUGAAAGUUGAGGGGUGUUGGACUAGAUGGCUCAGGCUGCUUCUGUGACAGCAGCCCAAGAGAUGAUGCCAGCCUUUAGCCCCAGGACCCCUUUGCAAUGUGAGAUGCUUGUGUGUGUGUGGGGGGGGGAGAUUUCUGCACUGCAGAGGGGCAGACUUCAGAAUUUAAGCACUGCCUGCACCAGCACCUCCGGCCAUUUCUGAAACCAAAGGUUAUUUGGGGGGGGGGGCUCUCUUUUCUGUCUCUUCCAGGGAGGCCAACCCUCUCCCUUCCCAACUUGACUGAGGCCCAGGGAGGGGUCUGGCCUCUUCACCUCCCUCCACGGGCAGGAAGGAACCUCUCCUUUAACCGAGGGGGAAACUGAUUCCUGCCACGCACUAUUUCUUGGGACCAGCAAGAAAAUCAGCAGCCCAAGCCUGGCGCUUGCUGGUCGCCUGCACUUAUCACGAGUGUGUGUGAAGGCAGGACCCCCCCUCCCUUUGUGGCCUCCCUCUAUCCGUAACCAAAAGCCGGUCAAUGUGAAGCUUCUUAGCUUUUUGCACACAAGGCUCUCCUCCCAUAUGGGCCUGUGCCUUCACCUGAGCCACCCGCUCCCUCCCAACCCCGGGAGAUCAGAGUGCCCCCCCCCCCGAGCCAAACUGAAGUACCCAGAAGGGGCAACAACCUUGCUGUGCCUCAGGUAGCUUUUUGUACAUGGGAUGUUCUUCCCACUCUUUUAUACCAGAAGCAAACAAACAAAUGCCAGCAAUAAAUGUU